AUGGAGCAAAAGUCCAAAGCUUCAAAACGUACGACAAGAAAAGGCUCCUCUUCCAAUACAACUCCUCAACAUCCCAAUACAGCGACUACUGCGACAACUUCACGUUAUAGUUUAAGAAACAGAAAAGAGUCUUCAGCAGCGACAACAGCAGCAGCAGAGAAUAUCAGUACUACUUUUACAAGAUCGCAGAAAAGAAAACUUGAACCAAGACAACAAGCACAGAAUCUCAUUGACAAGAAGAAACCCAAGAUGGAUCAUUCUACCACUAGCAGCAGCAGCAGCAGCAGCAGCAGCAGCAGCAGCAAAGGAAAGCAAAAGGUUGAAACCAAGGCCACAGUAACAAAUAGAAAAAUGAAACAGGAUGAUGUCUUGGAUAACUACAAUAACGAUAAUCAUGAUGAUGAAAUCCAAGAAGAUGAGGAAGAUAAUGACGACCAGAUGGAUCCAAUGCAUUUUGACCACCAACAACAAGAGGAUGAGGACGCUUCUUCUGCUUCUCAAGAAGAGGAUGAUGACAACCAUCCAGAUGAACAGGAAAAUCAAGACGACGAUGAGGAUGACGAUGAGGAUGACGAGGAGAAUGAAAUGUCUCGUGUCAGAAGAACACUUGGUCUUCACAUGCAAGGCUUGUUUGGCGGCAUGAUGUCCUCUGAUUUUGGCAGAUUCAAAUCCAUCUUGGCAAGUCUCAGAAACAGCGAUGAUCCCACUGUACAGUUGAUUGCGCUUCAAGAAUUGGCAGAGAUACUCUCGGUCAGCAGCGAGGACAAUUUGGCUGGUUAUUUUUCGAGUGAUAGUUUUGCCAGAGAACUGGUCCGUAUCAUGAAGGGUCCAGGUGAUGUGUUGUCUCAAGUAGGUGGUGUCAGCGACGACAUGGAUCAAGACAUGAUGCUUGCUUUGGCCAUGAGCGAAGGUCUUUCAGGUGGCAAUCCAGAAGUCAUGCUGCUUGCAUGCCGCUGUAUAUCCAACUUGCUGGAAGCCAUGCCCACUGCUGUCACUAGUAUUGUCUCUCAUGGUGCUAUUCGUGUCCUCUGUCAAAAGCUGAAAUCCAUUCAGUAUAUUGAUCUGGCAGAACAAGCUUUGUACGCACUAGAAAAAAUUGCAGCUCAGCUUCCGCGUGCCGUAGUGCAUGAAGGCGGUCUUGCAGCAGCACUGAUGUAUUUCGACUUUUUCAGCAUUCAUGCACAACGCACAGCAUUACGCACGGCAUCCAACUGCAUGCGUGGUAUCGAUUUAGAUUCGUUUCCUCAAGUCAUGGAAGUGGUGCCUACCUUGAUGAGUACCAUGAGCUACUCGGAUCGAUCUGUCAUUGAAUUGAGCUGUCUGUGUUGGGUCAGAAUAGCAGAGAGCUACCGUAGCAACAAGGAGUGUUUGGAGCGUGCCAUCUCGGUGGAUUUAUUGCAAGUGUUGUAUGGAUUAUUGCCUAUUCCUGGCAACGUGAAUGCAGUGCACCCAGCCACAUGUCAAGACUUGCUGCGUAUCUUUCGGGCGAUCGCCAAAGCAUCACCUCAGCUUGGCUUGGAACUGCUCAGACUUAACAUGAUUGAAGGUCUUUGUCACAUUUUGAUGGGUACAACAGCAGUACCCACAAUCCAGCAACACAUUACCUUGGACUCCAAAUGGCGCGAUUCCCUCCCUACCAUCAUGAAGAUCAUUGUCGACUUGUUGCCCUCUUUGCCCAAGGACGAUAUGUUUAGCUCUCGACGAUUUCGAUCUGUGGCUAGUCGCACUCGCUCUUCAUCCUCUUCUACUGCAGCUGUAGCAGUGGAAGCUACUACUAUAUCUGAGGAUCCUCGCAUUACCUGGUUCAAUGAGGAUCCUCAAGUCAUGCUUAAGCUGGACUCGAUCUUGUUUCCCCUUGUGCUGGACAUCUACGCGUCCACUGUCAAUUUGCGAGUACGCCAAUUGGUCACUCACGCCUGUGUCAAGCUGCUGCAGUUCUCCAACGCUGAUACUCUAAACAAGGUUUUAAAGGAUGUCUCCUUAUCCAGUUUCUUGUCUGGCAUUUUGACGCGUCAAGAACACCCCGUAUUGCUGAUUGAUGCACUCUAUCAAACAGAGUUGCUAAUCAAAAAGCUGCCCAACGUGUAUCCAUUCCUGUUUGAAAGAGAGGGUGUAUUGCACGAGAUUGAGUCCAUCUCAAAGCUGCCCUUGACAGAAGAGUCUACGCCGGCAACACCACAACAGCAGAAGCCAGCAUCAGCAGCAGCAGCCGCAGCAACAACCACGCAGCUCAGUCAAGAUAAUACCACUGUGGAUGAGAGUGAUGACACAACAACAGACGCAGAUAAGCAAUUCAACAAAACAACCAAAGGCGAUGAGGAUGAUGACGGUGACGAUAACGACGACGAUGAGGACGAUGAGAGUGAUGUCCAAGGAAGAGCAGCAACUAGCUCUUCUUCUACCAAACCAGCAUCACCAUCACAGCGACAAUCGCGCAUGCUAAAUAGUCAUGGUUUGCAAGCCAUGAUGCGCAAUCAUCAGUUGCUACAGCAACAACAGCGUCAUCGACACCAUUCGCUGGAGAAUGAAAAGGGCGUUGGUCGUGGAUCCACCCGCAAGUACAUUAUACAGCUUGCUCAGCACUUUGUGGAAAACUACUUUUACCAACAACAAGAUAGCAGAGGCAGCAGCUUGAAGGAGAUUCUCCAGUUUACACAUGACGUUUUGCACCCUACAGACGAUGAUCCAGCCUCAGAGCAAGCAUUGAUGCGACUCUCUGGCUACUUGCGUGAUUCCAUCAUGGGCAUUAGCAGCUUUGAAUUGAUCAACUCGGGUUUAAUGAAGGCGUUAUUGACCUAUUUGACCAGCAACGAUGACACACUCAAGGCUCCUUUGCAAGACCGUGUGGAAGCAUUUGAGCGCAUCUUUGUUCAGCAACCAGAUAUUGACACAGAAGGCAACAAUGCGCUCAAGAAGUUAGUGAUUCGCUUGCAAGAGAUCCUGAGUCGAUUUGAAACUUUUGAAGUUGUGACACCGUUGGAAUCCACUGCCAACGACAGUCUGCGCAAUCCCACCAGCAUGUUGGCCAAGCAGCUGCGAUUGAGACUGACUGGCACCAGUGACGAUAUCCCCAGUAGUUUCAAGCAGUUGAUGGUGUCGACACAUGCAGUGGCUACCUUCCGAGUGCUAGAAGACUACUUGCUUGCUCGCAUCAGUGCUACGUCCAUCCUGUGUGAUAUGGAAGAUGACCAUGAGGACGACGACGACGACGAGGAGGACGAUGAGGAACGUUUGAUCAUUGACAGAGACGGCAUGGACAUUGAUCAAGAGGAUUCCAUGGAGCAUGCUGAUACAGUCAUGAGUGAAACUGUGGUUGUCAACAAGGAGGAUACCGAGGAGGACGAGCAAGACGAGCCAGCUGCAUCCAAGGCAACUGCUACUACGAGCAGCAGCAGCAGCAGCAGCAGCAGCAGCGGUAGCUCAUCUGUUCCAGUCAACAGAAAGGAAAAGAAGGAUGGCGAGUGGAAGAUUCGUUUCUCCAUGAAUGGUACCACCAUCUCCAAUGACUCUACCGUGUAUGCUGCAGUCCAUCAACAUGAAAUUAGUACUGGCAACGCAUCUCCUAUUGGACGCAACAUUUGGGCAUCCUCCCAUCCCAUCUCCUUUGAGCGUGUUUGGGUGCGCCACAAUGAACAAGAUCAAAAGCCGGCUGUGGUGAGUCAAUUGGCAGACAUUAGUCGACCCAAGGAACUAAAGGAGGACUCUACCUGCUACCAAGUGCUCUUGUUGCUUAAGGCUUUGUCGCUUGCCAUUUCUAAGCGCACCAACGGCAUCACCCCACAAGAUUUUGUCAACCGAAAACUGACUGCCAAGGUCAACCGUCAAUUGGAAGAGCCCUUGAUCGUCGCAAGUUCUUGCUUGCCCACCUGGAUCUACUGGCUGAUGAGUGAGACGCCCUUCUUGUUCCCUUUUGAAACGCGCUAUCUGUUCAUCCAAAGCACCUCAUUUGGCUAUGCACGUCUGAUUGCUCGCUGGCAAAGUCUGCAAAUGCGCAACAACACGCAAAAUGGACCUCGCAAUGACACUGCAGAUCAGCAGCCCGUGUUGGGCCGUAUGGAGAGACAAAAGGUAAGAAUUAUACGCACACAGAUGCUAGAGUCCGCUGUCAAGAUCUUGGACUUGUUUGGAAGCUCGCCUACCGUACUGGAAAUUGAAUACAUGGGAGAAGAAGGCACGGGUAUGGGUCCUACUCUAGAGUUCUACGCAGCCACGUCCAAGGAAUUUAGCAAGCACUCGCUUAACAUGUGGCGUGGAUCCAACAAGGCUGAAAAGGGCCAUGUUGAAGCGCCCUUUGGUCUGUUCCCCAAGACAUGCACCAAGCCAGGCUCGCGAUCUGCCAAAAAGGUCAAUCAUCUGUUCAAGACGUUGGGUCAAUUCAUUGCCAAGGGCUUGUUGGAUUUUAGAAUUCUAGACAUCCCAUUCAACCCUGCUUUCUUUAAAGUAGCUUUGGAUCAUGUGGAACCCAGUCCAGCGCUUUUGAUGGAAAUUGACCCCCAAUUAGCCAAGUCUAUCCGCAUGUUGACAUCCUAUUUAGAGCAAAAGCGUGUCAUCUAUCAAGACAGCAGCAAGACAUUGGCACAGCAAUCAGCUGCAGCAAAGAAAAUUCAAGUGGAUGGAGCCAAACUAGAAGAUCUCUGUCUUGAUUUUACACUGCCCGGAGACAGCAACUAUGAAUUAAAGGCGGGCGGAGCAGAUAUUGCAGUUACCAUCAACAAUGUGGAAGAAUAUAUUGACCUGGUUCAGGACGCCAUUGCCGGCUCUGGUAUCUCUCAACAGAUCAACGCAUUCAGAGAAGGCUUCAACGGACUGUUUGCUAUUGAUGAUUUAAAGCUAUUGACACACGCUGAAUUGGUCUCGCUGUUUGGCAAAGCAUCUGAAGAUUGGAGCUACACGACAUUGGUCAACGCCAUUAGAGCAGAUCAUGGCUUCACCAUGGAGAGUGAGCCUGUGCGAUUCUUGCUGGAAAUCCUCACCAAUUUGUCAGAUGAAGAAAAGCGCCAAUUCCUCCAGUUUACAACAGGAUCACCCAGAUUGCCUAUUGGUGGUUGGAAAGCACUUCGCCCUGUAUUCACUGUGGUCUGCAAGAUCCCUGAAGCGCCCUUGACACCUGAUGACUAUUUGCCCUCUGUCAUGACCUGUGCCAACUACUUUAAGAUGCCAGCCUACUCGACCAAAGAGAUUAUGCUUGAACGAUUAUUGACAUCCAUGAAGGAAGGCCAAAGUAGCUUUUUGCUUUCUUGA